AUGACCACUAGAUUCCUACUAAUUCUCUUGCUCCUCGGUGCUCCUGCUCUUGGUUGUUUUGGUCCGUCCUGCACAAAAAUCAUUUUUCAACGACCAUGUAUGCAGCCAGUGUGUAGAUGCACUACUGUAACAUGUUUCAGAAAGUAUUUCCUUCUUCCUCCACCACCACCUCCACCAAUCUUCGUCCAAACGGUUCAACGCUCCUGUUGCACCUUGACGAACUUCUCCUGCUGCCGCACCUUCUACGGAAAGAAGUAA